AUGGUAUCGCUGUGUCAAGCGAUUAUAGUGUCAGUACUGGAGAGCUUUGUUUUUGUAACACAUACAAAGGCUGCGAAUCGAAUACUUGAAAUUGAAAAAGAAGUAAAGGAUGAUCACGGUUUACUCAAGGAAUUUACAGAUAUAUAUGCACUAGCAAAGAGCAUGUCAAUAUAUCAUAUUCUAUUUAUCGUCAGUCAAUUCUUCCAGCUAGGGUUAUGUGCUGAUGCGCUUUAUCACCAAAAUACAAUUCAACUUAUCGCGCUAAGCUUAUUUAUAUUUGCUGGAUUUGCUUUCUCCGCAAUCCAAGUGUACCAAUCAACUUCCUUAAUUACUACCAACGGAACUAUCCAGGAGAUUUUGAUUCGAGAAGGUCCCCUUCCCAAAGAUGCUGUUCCUUUUGAAGUUGCCAUUAUUGUAGUGAUGUUUAUUUCUUCGAUAAGUUUUGUAUACUUGUCUUAUAAAUUGUAUCAGGAAUUUGCUUUGGUUGUUAUUCUGGAGGCAUUAAGUGAUCUAUAUCUUCACAUUGUUCUAUCAUUGUUAACAUCGAUCGGAAUGCUCAUAGUGGGGUUUUUGGGGGUCAAGUCAGAGAAAAAGGUCUACAUGUAUCUUUUCAUGGUAGGAAUUUGUGCGGCAGAAGGUUAUAUUAUAGCAAAAAUAGUGAAUGUGACGGAGAAUCCUAAUAAUAAAUAUCGUGGCACAAAAAACUUUGUCACAUUUUUUCUCUGUGUCUGCUUGGUCCUUGGUGUGGUAACUUUUAUUAUAUCAUUCCUUUGCUUAAGGAACUUUGACAAGGGAUUGAAAUAUCAUCUCUCACGUAGCACGAGCCUUACAUCAAAUAAAAAUGGACAAAACGUCUUGGAUGAAAAUGAUCGUGAAUAUAACCUUGAAACUGUAAAUCGAACCACACAAAGAUGGUCACUUGAUUAA